CAGAAAGUCAACUUCUUCUCGAAGCACCUUCACCUUGUUGCAAAUUUACCGAAAAAACCAGAGCACAAAAUGGAAGCAGGAGGUGGACUGAGCCACACCGUUUGCUACAUAAAUGGUUGGUCCAACAACAAGAUGAGAAUUCAUCGGGGGCAUGCUAAUGACGUUUUUGGAUGGUCAUUAUGAGUGGCUUGGGUAAAAUGCGUGUUGGUCUUGAUUAUGGGCAUGCAACAUGGGAGUUGGAAACUACUUUUUCUGAAAUUUCCAAAAGCACUGAACUCAUAUGAGAUUAUGAAAAUCGCCAUGAGAGGGCAAAGAAGAAACUUGAGAUGAAAAAAGUUUCUUCACUUAAAUCAUUGAAGUUGUCAGCUGACAGUGUAGCUAGGCUUGGUAAUAAUCAUUUGGACUUUGUCAACAAUCUUCGUGAGCGUUGGUACAAGGGGAAGAAUGUUUUAAUUGAUGAUCAGGAGCGAAUUGUGAAGGUGAUUUCAUUUAUUUCAUCUUUGUCAUCUGAUGUCUAUCGGCCUUUUCUGAUCAUCACAACUUCUGCUGCAAUUCCUUUGUGGGAUGAAGAGUUGUUUCAUUUAGCUCCUUAUGUUAAUACUGUGGCUUACUGUGGAGACAAAGAUAUGCGACGAAGUAUUAAGGCUUUUGAGUUUUAUGGACUAGAAGGGGGCAUAAUGUUUGAUGUACUUAUAACCUCUCCCGAAGUUGUUGCAGAGGAUCUAAAUGAACUUGCAUUGGAAAAAUGGGAAGCAGUAAUAGUUGAUGAGUGCCAACGCUCUAAAAUGUAUUCACAUUUUGAACAAAUUAAGAGUUUAAGUACUGAUAUGAGGCUUCUCCUUGUCAAUGGCCAACUAAAGGAUGGUGUAAUUGAGCAUUUGCUGUCUCUGCUUGAUCGUCAAAGUGAUAGAAAUAGCUGUGAGGACUUGGUAACUAAUUCCAACCACAAGAUUGGUAAUUCAAAAGAGAGGUUGUCUAAGUUUAUUGUUACUGGUUCAAAGCCUGAAUCUUCGAGAUAUGUAGAAUAUUGGGUUCCUGUACAGAUACCCAACAUACAACUUGAGCAGUAUUGUGCUACUCUGCUUAUGAAUUCUUUAUCACUUUUUUCACCCUCAAAGAAUGAUCUUGUUGGGGCACUUCGUGACAUUCUUAUCUCUACUCGAAAGUGCUGUGAUCAUCCCUACAUCAUGGAUCCACAGCUGCAACCUGAGUUGACAAAAGGUCGUAAUGCAGCUGACUUUUUAGAUAUUGGAAUAAAAGCAAGUGGCAAGUUACAAAUUCUCGACGCAAUGCUUUCUGAGAUAAGAAACAAAGGUUUAAAAGUGCUAAUUCUUUUCAAGUCUUGUGGUUCUGGGAAGUAUCAUAUUGGAGAUAUUUUGGAUGAUUUUGUGCGUCAAAGAUUUGGUAAGGAUUCUUACGAACGUCUUGAUCAAUAUGUUCUUCCUACAAGGAAGCAGGCUGCUCUUAACAACUUCAAUAAUCAGAAAGGGAGUUUUGUAUUCUUGUUAGAAACCUGUGCUUGUCUUCCCAGCAUCAAACUGUCUUCAGUUGAUACUGUUAUCAUAUUUAAUAGUGAUUGGACCCCGACAAAUGAUUUAAGGAACCUACAAAAGAUAACACUUGAUACACAGUCAGAACAGUUAAAAAUAUUUCGUCUAUAUUCCUCUUGUACUGUGGAAGAAAAUGUUCUGAUAUUUGCAAAGCAAGGUAAGAUAAUUGAUAGUGAUUUACAGAGCAUAAGCCGACCCACUAGUCACAGUCUACUUAUGUGGGGAGUUUCUUAUCUAUUCAGUAAGUUGGAUGAGUUUCACAGUGGUGGUAUGUCAGUCACCAGUUUAAGUCCCUCAUUGGAGCAGUUGCCUCUCAAAGAUAUUAUCCAGCAGUUCUUGAAUGUACUCUCUCAAAAUGCCAAGUGCAAUGACACAGGCAGCAACUCCUUAAUUUUGAAAGUUAAACAAAAUUCAGGAAUUUAUUGUACUGAUUGUCCAUUGCCUAGUGAACUGAAAAUUCAAUCAAGUGAAGAGCUGCCCCAUGAAUUCUGGAGAAAACUGUUGGAGGGAAAACAUCCAAAGUGGAAAUACCCAUCUAGUUUGUCUCAAAGGAACCGGAAGAGGGUUCAGCGCUGUGAUGAUAUACUCAAGAAACCAGAAGAUAAGGUUGAUGAAAUUGUGAAGGGCCAGAAAAAAGUUGCCAACAAUGAAGUUAAUUUGAUCUCUCUUAGACCUGCACUUUCUGCAGGGAAUAUAGUUGCUGGGGGCAGUAAAGUGUCUCUUGUUCCUUCAGGGAGUUUUAGACCUUCAUCACAUUUUAUGCAUAGAUCAACGUCUGGGCCAAUUGGUCGUCUUAACAUCGGCCAUGGUGACCAAGCUUUGACGGCCAAAAUUUUGGUUAAUAAUUUAUCAGAGGUACGAGGAGCUGAUGAAGGAAUGAAUUUCCCUGAUUUGCAAAAGAGUCUUCAUCUUGGUUUAAGGCCACGCAUAGCAAAACUUUGUGAAAUUCUACGUCUCCCGGAAGAUGUGAAGGCUAUGGCUCAAAGUUUGCUUGAAUAUGUUAUGAAUAAUCAUCGUGUUAGCAGAGAAUCAGAAAACAUUCUGCAGGCAUUUCAGAUAGCCCUGUGUUGGACUGCAGCUUCUUUGCUAAAGCACAAACUUGGUCACAAAGAAUCGCUUGCCCAUGCAAAACAGCAUUUAAAUUUCAGCUGCAAGAAAGAAGAGGCAGAUUAUGUUUAUUCUCUGUUGCGGUGUCUGAAGAAAAUGUUUUUAUAUCAUACAGGGAAUUGUACUCUUUCCUCUUCUCCAAAGGCUUCUCAAUCAUUGAACAAGGACCAUUUACAUGCAAGAUCAUCACAGCCAACGCUGUUUGUCCUGCAAAAGGUGAGAGUAGGGUUUGAAGAACAUGGCCAAGAAUUCUUUGAUGAGAAGGUACUUUCACAGCUGGGAUUGGCACAGCAAGAUGUUUUGAAAAGUAUCAAAGAUAUUGAGAAGAAAUGCCAUAAACAGAUGACACAACUCUCACAGAAGCAAAAGGAACAAAAAGAGGAAAUUGAAAGAAAGUUCAAAGAAGAGAAGGCACAACUUGAGAAUAAACAAAAAACAGAGGCAGCUGUUAUUCGUUUGCAUAGUAAUAGUUCAAUGAGAACAGAUAAACUCAAGUUACUUGAUAUUGAAUAUGCAAAGAAGUUUGAAGAACUUGAGCUUCAGAAGGAGAUACGGCUUCAAGAUCUUGAGGCUACUCACCUGUUGGCAAUGAAGAAGUUGAAAGAGAGGAAAGCAUGUUGGCUGGAUGGAGUGAAAUCCUGGGCAGAGUCGGAAUUAAUGAAUAAGCUACCUUCCAAUGAAAUUGAAAAUAAUCAAGAAAAUGUUGUCUCUUUAAAUUCUCAUAUGAAAGAACAGAAUCCUAAAGGAGUUGGAAGUGUGCAAGAUAGGGAGGCUCUGCUGGAAGUCCUUGAAACUUUAAGUUCAAACGAUAAGGUGGAUAUGCUACCUGGGGUACCACCUACAAAUGAACAGACUACUGAUGGAGAGGAUCCAUUGAGAGUUUCAAUGGGAAUAAGCUCGAGGGAUGGAUUAACAAAUGUUGAGACUGUAAAUAUUAAUUCAUCUGAAGAACAAAUUCCUAAUACAGGUGUUUUAUUGGGCGUGUCUGAGGUUGUUAAUUCGAAUGAUGGUUUGGAGAACACUGUUCAUGAACUGUCAUCUAAUGAACAAAGUCCUAAUGGAGCCACGUUACUGGUGCCUAAAAAGAUUCCAAUGGGACUGCCUGAGAAGGUCAGUUCCCCUGGUUAUCUAGAGAAGAUGGGAGCUCCUGAAGCUUUGGAUGAUGGCAACACCAUUGUUCACAAAGAAGAUGGAGUUCACGCCAUUUCCUGUGGUGAUGCUUCUGAAGUUGACCAGCAGGAUGAAGUGGUUUGUAUUUUUAAUCAAGAUCCUUGCUCCACAAGUACUGCUGGGGACCAACAAAGUGGAAAGGUUUCGUCUGGAGUGCCAAAAAAUGCUUCCAAUACUGUUGUGGAUGAUAGAACUGGUAAGCAGCCGGAUGGAAAGGUUCUGGUGGAUAAGAUUAUCAGCAAAGAAAAUUCUGAUUGCUCUGAUAGAACAGCUGGCCUCAGCCAACAGGAUGGGGAGUCUCAAUCAGUAUUGCCUGAAUCUACUCCUGGUGAAGUAGUUGAUGAUGGUGAAACUGGUAAGAAGCAGGAUGGAGAGGUUCAAGCGGACGAUGCUGUCAAUGAUCAAGGUCCUCAAUCAUCGGAUAGAACUGCUGGAGUAGCAGAGGGUUUCUGUACGAAUAAGGAUAAUGAUGGAGUUUGUGUCAUGGCUUCAUCCUUCAUUGCCAGAAUUGAUCAGCAAGAUGGAGUGAUUGCAUCACGAGGAUCUGAAAAUAAUCCUAGCGAAUUAGUGGUGGGUGGUUGCCACGGUGGAGAGAUCAAUGAAGCAUGUGGAGAGGCCGCCUCUAAUAAUGCUAAUCAGCAGGACACAGUAAUAUCUGUCAUUAAUGAAGAUGAUCAUCUUCAAGAACCAUGUCCGGCAGUUCAAGAUGAAUCUCCUCUGCCAACAGCAUCUGCUAGAUCGCAAGAUAGAGUCGCAACAGCAACUGGAAAUCACAAUACUUUGCAGCAGGUUGAGGCUUCCGUGGCAUCUCCUGACGAUGCUGUAGCUUCUACUCAAACUGAUAAUGAUAUACCAGUUGUAGAGCAUGUGCUGCAAACACAGUCGUCAGCAUCCUUGGAUUCUGCUUUUUGUCUUGAGGCCAUGGAUUUACCUUUAGAUAGUGGAAUUGAAAGUCAGCUAACCUAUGAUGGUCUUAUCAAUAACAACGCCAUCGAGGCUUCAACUCAAAUACUAGAGAACCAAAUGGAACACUCAAAUCAGGCGACUUUGCAGCCUGCAACACAUGUUACACAGCAUCCACCCAUUUCUUCUGUAGUUAAUAAUCGCCUUGCACGAACUGAACCCCCUGUCCUAAUGCCUCCUCUGCCAUCAUAUCCUGAUCCACUUCAAAAUGAAUUGGAUAGAAUACGCAAAGAAACAGACCAAAUCAUCAGCGUUUAUGAGGAUGAUAAGCUGCGGCUAAAAUCUGAUUGUGAAAAAGAGAUAGAGGAAGUUGUCGCUCAAAUUCGUAGAAAGUAUGAGAUUAAACUUCAGGAGGUGGAAUCUGAAUUCAUUCUUAAGAAGAAAGAAUUGGAUACAAAUCAAAAUAAAGUUCUUAUGAACAAGAUCUUGGCUGAGGCAUUCAGAUCUAAGUGUAUGGACAUGAAAGCAUCUGGUAGGCCUGGUGUGCAUCGAGAGGUGGCUUCAAGUUUCAUGCAGCAGUUGCUUCAGAUAUCAUCGCAGCCCACUGCACAGCGGAAUGCCACUGUCAGUGGUCUGCCUGCCAGUGGCCCACAGCUCACUGCCCCUGGCUCACAUGGUAAAGCUCCAUCUGUGCAGGUUGUUCAUCAUUCCUCAACACUUUUCUCAGGCACCCAAACAAGACCUCCUCUUAUUAGCUCUAUCUCCCCUACUACUGGCAAUCUCCAAAUUGGUAGUGAAAUUCGAGCUCCCGCCCCACACCUACAACCUUUCAGAUCUUCAGCAUCCACAACUUCAACAAAUGUUCCUUCUCCUUCAAUUGUGAUGCCUAGUGUGCAGGUGCCCAGUAACCCCCUCACAACCUCUACCACACCCACCCAGCUUCCAUUGCGACCACAACAAUCUCAUUAUCGCAAUAUUUCAAAUCGACCUGAAACUGCAAGAAUUUCAUCACCUCUGUCUAACCCAUCUCCAUCUGCACUUGAGUUGCUAAGGGAUGUAGAAAAUCAAACAAAUAGAAAUUCAAACUCUCACCCACUAACACGUCUAGGUUCUAACACAGACCCCUUGGUGAUGCCUGAAAUUGGCCAGCUAAAUGAUAAAAGGACAGAUGUUGCAUGUCCAAGCGAGGUCGUUUGUUUAUCAGAUGAUGAUUGACAUCUACUUUGUGUAUCAACUCUUUGAUCUUUUGCUGAUACUUUCGAGCUUCAGUUUCUGGAGCACAUUUUUUGGUCUGUAGUUCCAUGCGUUCAGGAAUAGUUCUUGUGGUUGGAUUUGUGCAGAAUUACUCUUGUAUAUGGUCGAAUCCUUGCUUCAUUUCUAAUAUUGUAUAUCAAGUUAAUUUUUCUUAAUGGAAAUUUCUAUCCUUUUUUA